GAGGUGCACGCUCAUGCACGUUGAUCAUCUGCAAUAUGAAGAACCUCAUAUAGAUAUCCAGACUUCUAAUAUACUGGAAAAAUGGCUACAAAUUCGCUCAUCGCAACACGUUUUUAUAUCUUGCUAAGAUUGGUUUUCUUCCACUGUGUGGAAACGUUUGAAGAUAAGCUUUUACUGUAACAUGCAUAUAUGUAAAUAUAACGUUUACGUACGACCGACUCCUUAUAUUUAAAAGAGUUAAAAAGACCGAUAUUCUUUUCACGAUUUAUCAAAAUACUGGAAUAAACCAUUCAAUGUAAUGUCUAUAUUUACGUAAUUCGGAAAGUGAUCGCUGUAAAGAUAAUAUUCUAAUGCAAACAUCAUUCAAAGUACACGUGAUUGUAUUGGAGUUUUCUAUUGUAAGCGAGGAGCAGUUCGGUUGUAGCUGAGCUGCGUAUCGUUGCUGUCUGUUUAUGGAAAUUUCAAAUUGUUCUCCACAGUAGCUGAAGAUCGUAACAAAUGACGGUGGAUUUAAGAGAUGGCCUUCUCUUGGGGAUGGGUAAUCCUCUUCUUGAUAUUUCGGCAAAUGUAGAUAAAAAUUUUUUAAAAAAGUAUGGCUUACAUUCGAAUAAUGCAAUACUUGCCGAAGAAAAACACAAGCCGAUGUACGAUGAGCUAAUAGAAUUGUACAAAGCGGAAUUUAUAGCCGGAGGUUCUGUACAAAAUACAAUGAGAGUAGCACAAUGGUUCCUGGAGAAGCCAAGGAUCACAACUUAUAUGGGUUGCGUUGGGAAGGACAAAUAUUCAAAAAUUUUAGAGGAUAAGGCACGUGCGGAUGGCUUAAAUGUUCGUUAUCAAUAUACAGAGAAGGAACCUACCGGUACCUGUGCAGUUCUUAUUACGGGGAAUGAGCGAUCAUUAUGCGCGAACUUGGCUGCUGCUACUUGCUUCUCGCUUUCGCACAUAGAGGAACCCGAAAACAAAAGACUUAUAGAAAGUGCUGAAUACAUUUAUGUUUCUAGCUUCUUUUUAACCGUAAGCCCGGAGACGAUUCAAGCAGUUGCCCAACGUGUUCAUGGGACGAAUAAAAUGUUCACCAUGAAUCUUAGCGCACCGUUUUUAUGCGAACAUUAUAAAGAACAAAUGUUAGCAGCUCUUCCUUACGUCGAUAUAUUAUUCGGUAACGAAACGGAAGCCGAUGCGUUCGCAAAAGCAAAUGAUUUUCAAACUAGAGAUAGGAAGGAGAUCGCAUUAAAAUUAUCUCGAAUGAAAAAAAUGAAUGAGAAAAGAAAAAGAAUCGUUGUGAUAACGCAAGGUGCUGAUAAUAUAAUAGUAGUUAAAGAUGACGUCGUAACAGAGGUCCCUGCUAUAAAGCUACCACAAGAGAAAGUUGUCGAUACUAAUGGUGCAGGCGAUGCAUUUGUAGGAGGUUUUUUGGCUCAACUUAUACAAGGCAGAAACAUAGAAGUUUGCGUGAAAUGCGGUAUUUGGGCAGCAACUCAAAUUGUACAAAGAUCAGGAUGUACUUACGAGGGAAAACCUGAUUUUACUCCCUGAUAGUGCUUAAUGUAACUAAUCAUUGUAAAUCUUGUACUUAAUAAACAUUGUUGUUUUAGUAAUUUUUACCAUGUACUCUACAAUUAUAAAAUAAAUCUAUAAAUAACAGUA